AUGAGCUCGAUCGAUCUAGACAAACGCAAGGAUGGUCCGACAGUCGAACACGACGAGGGUGCCAUACCAGGCGUUCAUUAUCAAACCGUAGAUCCCCAUGCCGAUCCGGAUGAAAUUUCAUAUGGCCCCAGUGGCGUCAAAGGCCUUUUUUUCUCCAAAUAUGUCCUCGGUGCGGCCACUCUCGCCUCGCUGGGCGGGUUUUCCAUGGGGUAUGAUAUGGGUGUCAUCUCCAUCAUCAAUGUGAUGGAACCGUUCCACAAGGCGUUUCCCAAGGCGGAAACCUCUUUUGGGAAGGGUCUGAUGACUGGAAUGUUGCUGCUGGGUGCCUUUAUCGGUUGUAUAUUCAUGUCUUAUCUUUCGGAUCGCAUCUCAAGAAAAUGGGCGAUCACGGCUAUGGUGGUGGCCUUCGACAUCGGUGCUAUUCUGCAGACAGCUGCCGUAAACUACGACAUGCUAGUAGCCGGAAGAUUCAUCGGUGGUAUUGGAGUUGGCACAUUAGCAAUGGGCGCACCCCUCUACAUCUCUGAAAUCUCACCCCCGAACAUGCGCGGCACACUCCUAGUCCUGGAAUCAAUCUCCAUCUCCGCAGGCGUAGUAAUAGCUACUGGAUCACCUUCGGAACACGCCACAUGGCUGGUGAAGCCUGCUUUCGCCUUCCCUUCGGCCUCCAAAUGGUUUCAGCUACAACCCUGGGCCUGGGCAUCCACUUCUUCCCCUACUCGCCACGCUGGCUGGCGCUCCCUUACGAAACUGCGCAAUCUCCCCGCCACCGACGAGCGCGUCCAGAUCGAAUACAACAGCAUCAUUUCUGAAGUCCGCUUCCAAAGAAUCGUCCAGGAGCGUAAACACCCCGGCGCAAAGGGUCUGAAGCUCGAAAUCCUGUCAUGGUUCGAUCUAUUCUCAAAGGGAACCUGGAGACGCACAGCCGUCGGCUGCGGUAUUGCAUUCUUCCAGCAAUUCUCGGGGAUCAAUGCCUUUAUCUACUACGCACCGACGCUCUUUGAAUCUCUCGGCCAAACCUCUGAGAUGUCGCUUAUUCUCUCCGGUGUUUUUAACAUUCUCCAGUUUGUUGCGGCAAUCAUCUGUUUCCUUCUCAUUGAGAAAAUCGGUCGGCGGCCGCUUGCUAUCGGUGGUGCAUUCGGGAUGGCAGCAGCGUAUAUUGUCAUCGCGGUAUUGUCGGGCGUGUACUCGAAAGACUGGCAGGCCAAUAUGGCGGCCGGCUGGGCGUGUGUGGCGAUGGCGUUUGUGUUCAUCUUGCUAUACGGAGUCUCCUAUUCGCCACUAGGUUGGGCCUUGCCAUCUGAGGUAUUUUCGACGACGUCACGUUCGAAAGGUGUAGCGCUUUCGACAUGUGUGAUUUGGCUGUCGGAUUUUAUUAUCGGGUUAAUUACGCCGUCGAUGUUGGCCGAUAUUGAGUAUCGGACGUACAUCUUCUUCGCUGUGAUGUGCUUUGUUGCAGGUAUUUGGGCAUUUCUGCUCGUGCCGGAGACGAGUGGGAAGUCGUUGGAGGAGAUCGAUGAAUUGUUUGGGGAUGACAGUGCAAAGAAAGAGAGGGAGAUUGCGGCGGCUGCCUCGGGUUCCUCCUCUUGGGAGAGAGGUGUUAUGGCUGUAUGA